GGUAUUGUUAGGUCAUAUAGUGACAUUUUAACCUACGUGCAAUGUUUAUUGUUGAUUUUCCGUUUUUUGUUAUUAAAUUUUAUUGUUGUUUAAGUUUAAAUAUAAUAGAGAAGGUAUGUCUGUAAAUAUGCCUAUACUUAUUAAACGUGAACCGACAGAGGUGGAAGUAGAGGGUGAUUAUGGAGUACACCCCUUUCAUACACAAGAAGUGCGCAUAAAGGAAGAGUAUAAUUGUGGUGUACUGCAAUUAGAUGACACUACCAUAUCGUCAAGCACAACUCAAAACGAUCACCCUAGUCCUGGAGACGAAUGGACAAUAAACCUGAUACCAGAGAUAACUGGGUUUCAUGCUCCAACAAAUAUAUUACCUUUGCACACUUUUAAAAACGAUCAUUCUGCUUUUAAAGAUGAAAGUCCAGGUCCAGAAGAAUUUAAGUGUCACCAAUGCAACUUCACUACAAAAGUGAAAGACUCUCUCACCAUACACAUACAAGGACGUCAUAAGUACAAUACUAAAGUACGAAAGGGUCGACAAAGUGCGAGGGAAUUUCCUUGUGACCAGUGCAACUUCGCAGCGAAGAAGGAGGGAUACUUAAUUAAACAUGUUAGGGAGCGUCACGGAAUGCAAAAGUUUAAUUGUGAAAACUGCAAUUUCGCCACAAACUGGGUGGUAAACUUAAUCGCGCAUGUAAAGAUGCGCCACGGUUUUGAUGAGCCCAUUCGACGGCAAUCUCCAAUUAUGCCACCACCUGUGAAAAAGAAACGUUGUCGUGUGAGGAAGAAAACAAAGUGCAAAGCAAACACUACUGAAAAUAUAGGGCCGUUUAUAGGACAAUUCAAAUGUGAGCAGUGUAGCUUCAGCUGUCGUUGGAAGAUAAAUUUAAAUGUACAUGUUAAAAUGUGUCAUAGUUAGUGAUUGAAAUGGUUGCCUCCGCUGGACUUUUUGUAAACAAAUUUCACCUCUGUUAUUGUGGUUAUAGUAGGUAACAAUAAUCAUCUGGCAAUUUAUGAUACAAGAACACACUUUGGUUAUAGGCUGUAACUGUAGCUCUUAUAGCAUUAUUAUCAUCUAACUUAUUAUGUUUUGUAUAUAAAAUCCAUUCUAUUUUUCUAAUAAAACAAAUGCAAAAUUGAUUAAGCCUACAGAAGUUAGACCUGGAACCUACGGAAGUACAUACCUAUUGAUAUUGUAUUAAUUCUUAGGAAUAGAUCAAUUUUGAUAUCAUUCUAAGAAUUUUGAAUUUGAUAGAAAGACAGGUCUGUGUAAUUAAGUCUUCAAUGAUAGUUAUUAGUUCUACUUUCAAAAAAAGUUAAAAAAUGUCCUCCUUUCUUUCUCACUUAAUGGAUACCAAGUUUAUUAAGAAAUUGUUGCACUGAAGAGAACACUUAUAAUGAUUAAUAUA